GACAACAAAAACAACUUUUGUGUUUGUGGCAAAUUGGUAUCUGUUUGACAAUGAGACAUAAGUGUGCUUUUUGUAGUUACUCGUUCUUAAAAGUAUUGAAAAAGCUAUAAAAUAAAAUGGAGCAAGCAUUAGAUAUCGAAGGAUGGAAAAAGGGAUUCCGAAUCCCUGUGGCAAACGACGAAAACCAACGUCUUCAAGAAGAACUCGAAAAACUCAUACUUCGAAAACGUGAUGCAAGAACGGCAUUUGAAAAUGUGGACGAAAAGUGCAAUUCAUUAAAAGGGCAUUUGAAAUUAGUUAAACAACAAAAUGAUGAAAAUCAGCGCCUUCUGACAAUAUUUCAACAGCAAAUCGAUGUGGAAGAGAGCAAAUAUCAUACAGUUACUGCUGAAAGGCAAAGCACAAUCGGAGAAACUAAACGGUUAACGAAAGAGACUGACGAAGUGACGAGACGCCAAGAGACCAAGAAAAAUGAUCUAAGCAGAACUCUAGAAAAAAUUGAGAAAAUCAAAGCAGAACUUGACUGGGAUACAGAAGCCCUUAACACGUGGGAGGAGUCGCUUAAAAUUAAAAGCGACGAUAACGAAUUGCUCAUGAAAUUUGCUAAAGAGGACAGAAGGAAAAUUAGUGAACUUGAAAUUCAAAGGAAGAACCUACAAGCGGAUCAAAUUGCCAGACAGAAUGCAAUCAACAAAGUUGCAGCAGAUGUAAUAAAUAGUGAAAAUAUAUUGCAAAGGACAGGAAAGCAUCUAAAGGAACUUAGAAUUGAACGGCAGGCGAUGAUCAGAAAGUGGCAAGAGGCCGCAAGAAAUCUUUAUCGGCAAGAUGAUAAUAUAGCUAAAGCUAAUUUAGAGGCGGAAAGUGUUGCGAGAGUUACAGCGGAUGCGUUGGAAAAGUUGGAAGAGCAGAACAUGUUCUAUGAAGAACAAAAGAACAACAAUAGAGAAAUUGAAAUGGAAGUUGCUGAAAUGAACACACGAGGAUCGAAAAUGCGCAGAGAACUUGAUGAACUCGUCCAAUAUGUUAUCAGUUUGACGAACGAUCUGAGCACUUACAGACAAAUGCUUAUCUCGACCGCCAAUGCACUAGAUAGUGAACGAUCGAGAGGUCGGAUGUUAAUAAAAGACAUCCUCAAUAAAGAACGGAAAAUUAUUUAUAUGCGAAAUCACGUCCAAAAUUUGAGAAAAAAGCUGAAAGAAAUUACGAAUUCGUCAAUGUCAGCGGCUGAAAGAGCGAAUGAGCUGGAGAAAAUGAUAGAAUACGAACAAAGGCAAGCUAAUGUGCUUGCUCAAGAUGUUGGAAGAAUUCAAGCCAAGUAUUAUCGCACGCAGCAAGGACUGGUUCAAAGUCAGGACGAAUUAAAAAGGAAAGAAAUCGAACUGUCUGGAAUGCAAUCUCGAAUUGUAGCAUUAAAGAAAGAAAGUCAAGCUACAAACAAUAACGUUGUUCAACACAAAGAAGCAGUCUAUGAGAUUGAUUUUAAGAUGAAUCAUUUAGAAGCAAAACUUGCAAAGUUAGAAGGAGAAACGAAUGUAUACGACGAAUCUGGCGUUAUAAUUCAACAAAAGUAUGAAGAACUAGUAAAAAAAUUCGAUGAAGUGUCGGAGACGCGAAAUCUUUUACAAAAACAAGCAACAGCACUUCAAGACGAAAUGCGACGACUCACUUGUGCCAUAACUGCCGACGAUGCCCAAACGGGACUUUUAAAAGAAAAACUUCAGGAACAGAUAACGUAUUACGAAGUUGGGAAAAAGCAAUUGGUUACAGCUGGUAACAAUUCCCGAAAGAAACGUGUCGACGAAAACGUUCUACGUCUUCGUGUGGACCAACUGGAAAAGUCUAUUAAUAGGGAAGAUUAUCUUAUAUGUGACAUAAAAAAAUAUAUGUUGCAAUUAGACACAGUAAUGAGAGAACGUCUAAUAGAACUUGGAACAAAUAAAGAAAUAGUAAAUUUAAAACGACGAAAUGUAAACGAAGAAAAGAGUAGACUAAAAAGAGAUUUAUCAACCAGACUCAUUAAAGUUGAUCAACUACAAAAAAAGUAUUACAUGGCGCUUAUGUGUUUGGGUAAAGACGACAGUGGACAACCAUUGUCCGUGACUCAUUUUAAAAUAAAAAAGGCCCAAGAAAAAUAUAUGUUACAACAAGAAGGUGAUCAAUUAGACAAUAAAGUGAAAAAAGCCGAAAAAGAAAUAAUUGCAAUGGAAAAUACACUUAAAGUUGUUAAUUCUGCAAACGUUGCAUUCCGAAAUAGCGUUUCGGCUAUUGAUACAGAAGGAGAAGAAUUGCAAGAACAGAGGGAACUGGAAAACGACAUUUUUAAUUUUAACACGGUUUUACAUAAAAAUAAGCGAAGACUUGGAAAACAAAUGAAGCUGAUCGAAAGUCUGAAAAUCAAAACAAACGAAGUUAUUACGGAAAAAAAGGAACUCGAAGAAGUGUAUAAUACGUGGGAAACGAGUUACGUCGCUUUGCAAAAUAUGAUCGCUGAAAAUGAAAGGAAAUUAAGAAAAUGCGACCGUCAUCUUGAAGCUGUAAUUCAAAAUUUAGAUAUGGCUAAAAUAGAUAAAUAUAACAAAAACCUUCUUAUUCGCCACCUUCAAGAUGCCAACAAGAGAAGUCUACGAAAAUUAUCAGAUUUGUGCGUUCAAUUUCAAGAAGUUUCGUCGAAAGUUCAUUGCUAUUUAAGUAGCUACAAUUUAGAAGUGUGCAGCACUGACACAAACAAACUACUUUCUAUUAGCGAUUUUGAAUCGCAACAAUCAGACUCAACGAGAUCUUACCCUAGUUUGAAUUCAAAAAGUUCAACUAUAGAGUCAUUGAAGGCCCACAGCGUUACCAACGUUAUGUUGACGUUUGAUGGUAAUUUAUGUCCGAAAGUUUGUAAAUGUCCUCAAAAACGAAAUUUACGAAGAACACAAAAAAAGUUUUAACGAAGAAACAAGAAAUACUAUUUGGUUUUUUUUUAUUAUACGUCUAUAAUGUUUUAG